GCUUUCUUUUUCACAAGUGCAGCGCCGUACGCACGCUUUUGCUCAAAUCUUUUUCCGUUUUUGGUAUCUAAGAAUGUCUUUACUUAAUUGUAUUUCGCAUUGCUAUCAUAUGCUGCUGCAGGAAAGGGCAGCUCGCCAGUUUGGAAGACAUUCCCAGCACGUGGCUCCUCGACAGGCUACUCCGGCACAAGAGCAAGUAGCUCGAAGUGCAACCUCUCAGCGAAACCAUCAAGUCGAUCCUUCGACUGCUCGUGAGCCCAAUGCUCCUUCGACUAACCAAGAGUCGGUUCCACCGACUGCCCCACACCAGCAAGAGGCGAGCUCGGGACCCGGUAAUCCCAGAUAUGUUCCUACACCGCAGCAGCAUGUGGCACCUACUGACCCAUCCGAUCCCCACCAAGUGGCUCUCAUGGCACCAGCUCACGAAAAAGCACCCCAACAACAUAAUAAACCAAGAGUUGUAGCUGUUCCACCAGAUCAGAGAGUGGGUCCUUCGAAUUCCCAGCCAAAAAAGCAGCGAUCACCUCGGCAAGUUGCUCCACCGAUUCCCCAACAAAUAGCUCCUGUUGCACCAUGUCAGAGGGCGGCACUAGGACGGCGAGUGAACUUUUCUACUCUCCUAGAAGUGAUUCCUGUUGCACCACGUCAGGGGGAGCUAUUCCAAGAGCACACCAGAUCGAGCAUUCUAGAUUCUCCUAUCAUUAAAAAAGAAGUAUCUCAACCGCGGGAGAAGUGGAAUUUUUAUGAAAUAUAUCAACAACAACAGAAUUUGGCAAUCAAGUCUACACCGAUGCGUUAUCAAGUUGAAUCGACUAAUCGUAAACGGAAGGGACAGGUGUCUCAGAUUCAGGAUGAUGUAACUAAAGCACGUGCCAAAAACGCCUAUAAAGUGUCCCCACCAGGAUCCCAACCACCGGAAAAGCGGGACUUUAAUGAAAUAUACCAAAGACAGCAGAAUUUGGCCAUAAAGUCCGAACCGAUGCGCCAUCAAGUUGAACCGACACAAAGCAAACGAAACGGAAAAGUCCAGGAGAAGAAAGUCUCCAAAAAAAAGGACCCGAAAGGGAUUCUUGUGGCUUUCGAUAAAGGAAAAAAGGAAACUAUGAUGGGGUUGUGGAUGCAUAUUGCUCGGAAUAUCAAGAGAGGACAGUACGACUUGAAGCCGGUAAAGAAGGGCCAGUGCCCCACCUGUCGCCGGUUGAUGAGUUGCGGCCUGGCCCCCCACCAGGCUACUUGUCGUCCGGAAAUGUACACUCUUGGGUGUCCCUGCGGAUAUCUAUGCGCGACAAUCGAAAGUCUCAACGGCCACCACGCGAGCUGCGACUUCUACCUGGAGAAAUUCGCCUUCGCGGGUACUAGUGCUUUCCAUCCAUACAUAAGUGAAAAGUGGAGGAAGCACUUUUGAGAACGAAUUUUGUGAACAGGAAUGAAAUCACUAUCUAACCACUAAAAAAAUUACAUUUUCGUUUAAAGACUAAAUUGUGUUAAACCAAAAAAUGUAAUUCUAUCUAUAUACCAAUUUUGGAUAGUUCCCAAUUGAGUUCAGUACAAAUUAGAAGAAUUGUUCACUUUUAAAAUAAAAAAUGCGUUCUAUUGGAAGACGAUAAUUAAA